AUGAAUGGAACGGGUUACGCCAUGACUUCCCAAUCCACUUCACUCAAUCAUGUUUUCCCUAUUUAUCUCCAAACUUCCUUCCACUCCAUGUUCCUCUCCUUUAUGGCAGGGGAAACAACAACAAAAAAAAUAAUAAAUAAUGUCAGAAUGCUGAGAAACCCUAACAGAAAAGGAAGAAAAAGAGAAGAAGGAAAAAAAAAGAAAGAAGAACUACUCAGUUAUUCGCUCAGUCAAUAUAUGUAUUUUUUUUUCUUUCUUCCUUUCUUUUUUCUCUUUUUAUUUGUCUCUUUCCCUUCUCCGGUGUGUUAUUUCACCCCCCCCCCUCCUCCUUUUUUUUUCUUUCGUAUCUUCCUUCAACAACUUCUUUUUACACGCUCUUGCAUUUUACUCCUCUGUCCUGCAAUUUCGAAAAACAAAGGAAAAGAAAAAUGGACCAUCACUUCGCAGCGGUGGGAUUUAAAAACGAAGAAAAAAAGAAUGAAGAAACAAACAAAUAUAUAA